AUGACUCGCCGCAUAGUCAGGACGGGAGUGCAGCUUAGCUCCGUCGGUUUCCUCAUCUUCCUCAUCAUCCUCCUCCUCGACAAGCAGUUUCGCGUCCUACCGAAUUCCAUCCAUGGACAUCUCCCCACUCAUCACCCUGGCCUUGUCGUUACCGACGUUACCAUUGUCACUUGUUCUUCAGUGAACCCCUUCUCCAGUUGUACCCUUGAUCCGUCGGUUUGGUACCGGGUCGACAAAGAUCUCUACUUGGGUAAUACAUGGACAUCAUCCGCCUAUGUGCACUUUCAGAGAAAGCGGGAAGAGGAGCUUCUCGAAACUGACAAAGUCGUGGUUGACCUUCGUGUCAGCAGGUUCAACCCGGGUCUCUUGAAUUCGAAGAUAAACAACCCAAGGGGGGAUGUUCCCAAUGCCGCUGAUUCGAGUGAACUUGAUUGGGAAUCAAGGCCUGGAGGGAUCUGGAUAAGGCGCAGCUCUGAGCUCCAUGUUAGCGAUGCAAAGACCACUCUUACAUCGGUCGAUGUCCUGUUUGGAGCUGAUGUUGUCGACCCCCGUCCGCAGUGGGAGGUCAAAGAUACACCCGUGCUUCUGAACAGUCUAACAGAAUUGGCGGAAGCGCGGAUCUCCGUUCGUCGGGGGGUGCCACCGGUUAUCAAGAAGCCCGAACUUCGAAUCAAUGACAAUGAGCGUUUUAAGAUUAUGCAAGCUGCAGAUUUGCAUUUGAGCACAGGCACGGGACAUUGCAGAGAGCCAGUCCCCGAGGAGAGAGUACCUGGAGAAGCUUGUGAAGCGGAUCCGCGUACCCUGGAAUUUGUCGAGAAACUCCUGGACGAGGAGAAGCCUGAUCUCGUGGUGUUCUCGGGGGACGAAGUUAAUGGGGAAACGUCUAAGGACGCUCAGAGCGCUAUAUUUAAAUUCGUCAAGCCGCUUGUCGAUCGGAAAAUCCCAUAUGCCGCUAUUUUUGGUAACCACGACGAUGAAGGAAAUCUUAACCGAGAAGAAAUUAUGGCUAUUCUUGAGGGCCUUCCAUAUUCUGUAUCAUCGGCUGGUCCGGAUGAUGUGGACGGGGUGGGGAAUUAUAUUGUGGAAGUGAUGGGUCGAUCAAAUUCCUAUCAUUCUGCGCUGACGAUAUAUCUCCUUGAUACUCAUUCAUACUCACCGGAUGAGCGCCAGUUUCGAGGGUAUGAUUGGCUCAAACCGAACCAGAUAAAGUGGUUUCGGAGUACUUCUCAGAGUCUAAAGAAGAAGCAUGAUCAAUACACUCAUAUGCAUAUGGAUAUGGCAUUUAUUCAUAUUCCGCUACCGGAAUAUCGCGAAGAUACGAAUAGUUGGAAAGGCAACUGGCUUGAACCACCGACAGCGCCGGGUUUUAAUUCUGGAUUUAUGGAUGCUCUCGUCGAGGAGAAUAUUUUGUUUGUGAGCUGUGGACAUGACCACGUCAAUGACUACUGCAUGCUCAAUCGUGACAUGAACGAUAAGCCCAACCUGUGGAUGUGCUACGGAGGCGCCUCUGGAUUUGGCGGCUACGGGGGCUACGGGGGGUAUGUUCGGCGUAUGCGAUUUUUCGAAUUCGACAUGGGACCCGGCCGAAUCGUGACGUACAAACGUCUCGAGUACGGCGAUACAGAGUCGAGGAUUGAUGAAAUGAUGAUUGUCGACGCAGGCCAAGUUCGAGCUUGA